AUGGCCAUCGACGCUGCCAGCCAUGCCAGCGCGAACGCCAACCUGGUAGCCGCUUCGGUGGGCGCCAACGCUGUUCAACGCUAUGUGCCGCCGCACUGGAGGGACAGGGCCAGGACGUCGUCGCCAUCUCCGACCCCGAUGACCCAUACCCUGAUCCAUAACAGCGUGGUGAUGGCGUACGACAACAACGACGCAGCACUGCUAGCGCUGUCCCUGCAGCCCAAGGCCGUCGGCGUCGACUACGUGGACAAGAGCAAGGCGCUCCACAAGGUCCGCGAGGGCGCCGCCAUGAUCCGGACCAAGGGGAAGGCCGGCAUGGGCAACGUCGUCAAGGCGGUGCACCACGUUUGCUCCAUCAUGGGCAACAUCCGCGCGCUACGUGACAUGGACGACGACGAGGUUUUCGCGUAUGCCAAGCGCAUUGCUGUGCCCUACAACCUCAUCAUGCAGAACCCCUAG